AUGGAUCUUGAAAACUGUUUUCCGCAUCUUGACUUUACCGAAUGGACCCACGAAGUAGCUAUUCAUCGACAAGUUUUUGUCUUUGGAACUCUGAGAAACGACUGGGAGCACCUGAAGAGCAACGAAAAUUUCGUUUUGGGGGGACCAGGAGAACAAGUCCUCCUAAUCAUCGAGCUGCUUCGAACGGCGGAACAAGCAGUGGAGCAGAUCAAGAAGCUAGCGACUCGUUUUGUUCUCACGGACCGAUUAUUCGAAGCACUAGUUCAGAAUGGAAAGGUCAAUCCCAGUCUUCGGCGAGAUUGGUUACGCAAGAAGCACAAGUUCGACGUGGAAGCGGACAAAGUGCUCGAGUUUGUGGUCAGAAAAACGAGCGACUUCGAAAAAAUCGUCGACGAGCUCUGCAAAGAGAAGAGAAAAGCUGAAAGGAGGCUGAACGAUUCGGAUCAAGAGCGUCGUCCGGAGUUGCAGAAAAAACAGCUCCUUCAGAUUCUCCGGGAAGAAAUGGCUCUGGAGGCCCAAUCAACUACGGAGCAGAUCAGAAGUCUGAAAGAAAGGGUAAAAUCACAGGAGGCUGAAAUAGCUCGUCUCAAAGGAAUCAUCCAGACGAAGAGCAGCAAGAGACGGAAGGGGGAAGGGGCGGAAAAAGAGGAAAAAAGGGAAACAAAACCACCCCACAAAACCACCCAGAGCAGCAAGAGAAGGAAAAAACCUGGUCCAAGUCGUGUGCAAGUGACAGUUGAUGCCCCAGAUGGAGCAAAAGGAGGCGCUGCAUUGGAACAAGUGCCCAUUGAGAUGGAAACUGAUGAAGAUUACUUCGAGAAAAUGGUUCAAGAAGUACAAGAGGACGAAGAGAUGACGGAUACGGAACAAGAAGAAGAAGAACGUGAAGACUCUUCGGGGCGAAUUAUUCAACUCUGCCAACAAGCCCUCGAGUUGGAACAAGUACUUCAGACGUUUCCCUAUAGAGACUUUGGAGAUAGGAAAGUCAGCAACACCUGUACCUUUUGCGGCGCUGUAGACCGUCACUUCUCAGACUCUUGCCCGCAGGUACAAGAUGGACACGAUCGAAACACAAUCGUCGAUAGAAAGAAGGUGUGCAAGUGCUGCUUCGGCAACUGCCCAAAAGACAAGUGCAGAUUUCCACCGAGAGACUGCUACUACUGCGAGAGGAUUAGAGGGACGAUCGUCGAGGAUUUGAUUCCGAAAAAGAGACAUCAUCGCGCACUGUGUGAAGUACCGGAUCUAAAAAACGAAGUAAGAAAACGAAUAAAGCGGCUGGAAGAGGAGAUCGAACAUCUACGAUCAGAAGAACGAUUCAAGCCGGGCGGACUCAUUCCAUUGGCAUUCUCUUUCGAAUGUUCAAUGGUCGGAUCCAUCACUGCUCAGCUGCCAGAAUGUAAGCACUACGGCACGGUCAUGGAGGAGGAGCGGAGAAAACGUUACGCAGAGAACGCAAACUCGAGUAAUCCAAUUUGUCCCAUUCCACUAGCGCGCAGAGCAGCAGUGUACCAAAUGAACCACCCUCUUGAGAUAUUGUACCCAGGAGGUGACGUCUCCAGACUAGGAUGGGAUUGGCUUUUCUGGGCGUCUGUUAUCUAG